CAGUCACUCUCACACCCGGACCCAAUUAACUCACAAUUUAGCUCUUUCUACAUCCCUCAAACUGCGCAAAAAAAACGGGAAGUAAAUGCAGAUAGUUUUUUUGUUUUGUUUUGUUUUGUUUUUUUGAAUGAAAAGGCAGUUUUUCAACGACAAGGUGCAGACCAGUGAUGUCACAGACCUGAGGACAGUGUCAAACAAUAUGGAGUCUGGAGAGCGGCUGGCCUCCCCAUCUUCAGCCCCAUCCUCCCUUCACAUGGCCUCCUCUUCAGCCAGCUCCUCCCCAGCUCCACCUCAGACACCCUCCGCCAAAUUCAGCACGGCCCCUAACCCUGCAGGCACUUCCCCUCUCACCACCUGUGGCCAUUUGCUACAGAUGACGGGGGAUGAAUGUUUAAAUACGUCUGGCAGGUCCAACGGUUUUCCCUUAGUCAGCCAUCCAGCUUUUGGGCUCUACACAUCGAGUUCAGGCCGGUCUGAGUUUGGAGGCCUUGGUAGUCUGGGUUUGUCUGCCUUGGCUGCUCACUCCCAGUUUGGUACAUUUCCAGACUGGUGGCGGCCACCUGAAGCACAUACCAGAGGGGCAGCAGCCUUCUUCCCUCCUCUUCUGAGUCUCCAUCCUGCAUUUGCUUCAAGCUUCAAGAGCUGUGAUCCCACUCGCUUACAGUCCCAUACCUCAGUUUCUGUAGGUGUGAAUGGAACAGUGAAUGGUAGGAGUGCCUCCUCUCCUACUGGGAACUCUACUGUGAACACCAGUUCAUUUCCAGCAAAAGGGAACAAGGAGAAAACUAAAGCCAACAGUAGUCCGAGUCCAAAGAGCAGUCAGGACCCAGGUCAUCUACACCAGAAGACUGUUCAGAAAACAAAGAAGAAACCCAGCAAAAGACCAUUAGAGACCGCGAGCACGAGUGGCAGCCAGUCAGGAUCCUUGUCGGAUAGCUCCAGCGGUGGCGAGGACAGCAGCAGUGAUCCUGAUGACGUGGAGGACGAGGAAGAUGAGGACAAUGAUGAAGAUGAGGAUGAUCAGAGCAUUGACAGUGAGGACUCUGAUUCAGAAAAAGAAACUGAGGUUAAACGGAAAAUCAAGCGGCUGACACAGAACACUUCUGAGAGCAAAAAGAAUAGACCUUGCACUGCUGAUGGAAAUACAGCCCAAGACAGUCAUCAUGUUCCUUUGACUUCCUCGUACCGCCUCCAGUCCUCUUCUCAUCCUGCUGGCCGGCCUCAGUCCACGGCACUGCUUCUUCAGAGCUCCAGGACUGCAGAGGAGGAAGGCCAGAAACACAUCAGUGUCAUUCAGGCCACAGGGCUGGCAGCCAGUAACAGUCCCCUAGCACAGUCCCACAGGGAGGCCUCUCCUCUGCCCUCCAGGUCCUCACCUAACCCCAUAUCUUUCUCCAACUCACCCAAACACUUACCUCCUUCCACUUCACCAAAGCACUUCUCUCAUUCGCCCUCACCAAAACGUAGCUCUGUCUGUUCCUCUCCCAAACCUCUCGCUCUCUGUUCCCCUACGAAACCCCUUUCCCUGGGUUCCUCACUUAAACCCUCAUCUCUUUCUUCACCUAAACCUCUCUCCCUCUCUUCUUUACCCAAACCACCAACACUGACAGCUUCACAAAAGCUCUCACAUAAACAAAAAAUUUUGAUGCCCUCUCCAAAACGCACACAGCCUAUUGAUAGCCAGAAGGAGAGCAGUGGAAACCCCCCAGAUGACAUCUCAUUACACUUCAACAGUUUUAAGUUGAAACAGCCCCUCCAUUCGAAGGACUCUUUCAAGCAGGCUUUCUCUCUGCAACCUUCGAGCCAGAACCGCAGUGACACCAAUCUGUUCCUGAGCCAUCGCCCUAAUGGAGCGAUCCACAGCGAAGUUCAGGAUGCCCCUUUGGCUCUCAUCACUAAGCCCCGCAGCCAGAGCAGCACCCCCAACAGCAAGCCGCUUCUGGCAGCUACCAGCCCUUCCCACUCAAUGCCCAUCAACUUGAGCACUGGCACCAAGGAACAAUCAGGCAGCUCUGCUUCUUCACUCAAAUUAUCUGCCUCAUCAGGACUCGCUGAUGGAUCCAGGAAGACCAAGACUCCCAGAGCUUUGCAUGCAGGAAAGAGCCUCCCUAAACCCAUCUCAUCCUGUCCACCUGUCAGAGGCAGUGAGUCUGGUAUCCACAGCAGCAAGGACUCAGACUCAGACUCUUUAGGAGAUGACUUCGAUGAGGAAGACGAUGAAGAUGACAUUGAGGAUGAAGAUUCUGGUAGUAGUCUGUCAGAGUCAGAGAGCACUCUGGAGAGCGAGUCUGAUGGCUCCGAGGAUGACAUGAAGGACUGCGGUGAGACAGAAGUAGACAGCGACGCAGAAAGGACUCCUCUGAAACUAGCUAAAGCGCCGUCGUCUACUCACAAGUCCUCCUCGAACCAACCAUCCAACUGCUCCCUGCUUAACCUGCAGAUCACCAAGCCUCCUAGUUUACCCAGUAGUCUACUGACCCCCACCGCACUGACCAGCUCAGGGGCAUUGAGUAACCACAGCACCCCGACCCCAUCUUUCACAUUUGCCACACUGCCAGGAUCAGGAAAGAGGAGGAGAGUGACAGAUGAGAGAGUUCUGCGAUUGCCUCUUGAGUUUGGGUGGCAGAGAGAGACCCGGAUCAGGACUGUGGCAGGUCGUUUACAAGGGGAGGUGGCUUACUUUGCCCCAUGUGGGAAGAAGCUGCGUCAGUAUCCUGAUGUAAUGAAGUACUUACUCCGGAAUGGAAUAACUGAAAUCUCACGGGAUAACUUCAGCUUUAGUACAAAAAUUAAGGUUGGUGACUUCUAUGAAGCCAGAGAAGGACCAGAGGGUUUACAGUGGUUCUUGCUGGCUGAGGAGGAGAUUGCUCCCAUUAUCAUAGCAAUGGAUGGGAGGCGCAGCCGGCGCUUAAAGUCUGAGCCCCAGCCGACAGUUGACGGCAGUGGGGCCCGACAGUGGAAGGCUCAUCAUCUAAAUGUUGGUGAAAAUAACUUCCAGGAUGUCAGUAAUGCCAAGCUGCUACGCAAACUGGAGGCUCAAGAAAUAGCUCGGCAGGCAGCUCAGAUCAAAUUGAUGAGAAAACUAGAGAAGCAGGCCAUGGCGCAAGCAGCCAAGGAGGCAAGGAAGCAACAAGCAAUAAUGGCUGCUGAGGAGAGACGGAAAAAGAGAGAGCAGAUGAAGAUUUUUAAACAGCAAGAGAAGAUCAAGCGCAUUCAGCAAAUUCGUAUGGAGAAAGAACUCCGUGCACAGCAAAUUCUCGAGGCUAAAAGAAAGAAAAAAGAAGAAGCAGCCAAUGCGAGAAUAUUGGAAGCUGAGAAACGAAACAAGGAGAAGGAGAUGCGAAGAUUGCAAGCUGUCAUACUGAAGCACCAGGAGUUGGAGAGGCAUAGACUAGAUAUGGUAUGGGAGAGGGAAAGACGCAGGCAGCACAUGAUGCUCAUGAAGGCUGUGGAGACCCGUAAGAAGGCAGAGGAGAAAGAGCGUCUGAAGAAAGAGAAGAAGGAUGAGAAACGGUUAAACAAGGAGAGGAAACUGGAGCUCAGGCGACUGGAACUGGAAAAAGCGAAGGAGCUGAAGAAGCCAAAUGAAGACAUGUGUUUAGCAGAUCAUAAGCGGCUUCCCGAGUUGUCACGUAUCCCUGGCCUGGUCUUACCAGGAAGCACCUUCUCUGACUGCCUGAUGGUGUUGCAGUUUCUGCGCAGUUUUGGAAAGGUCCUGGGAUUAGACAUGAAUUUAAACAUCCUUAACCUAAGUGACCUUCAAGAGGGGUUACUCAACAUCGGGGAUAGUAUGGGCAAGGUGCAGGACCUGCUGGUGAGCAUGCUCUCUGCAGCUGUGUGUGAUCCUGGUAUAUCUGCAGGUCACAAGAACAAAACCAGCUUGGGGGACCACUUGACUAAUGUGGAGAUCAAUCGAGACAAUGUGUCUGAGAUCCUGCAGAUCUACAUGGAGGGCCACUGCGAGCAGACAGAGCUGGCUGCUCUGGCCCUCAGCCUCAGGACUAAGGCUUUUCAGGCCCACAGUCCAUCUCAGAAGGCCUCCAUGUUAGCAUUCCUGGUUAAUGAGCUCUGCUGCAGUAAAGCAGUGAUCAGUGAGAUCGACAAAAACAUAGAUCACAUGACCAACCUGAGGAAGGAUAAGUGGGUUGUUGAGGGAAAACUUCGCAAACUGAGGAGCAUCCAUGCCAAGAGGACAGGGAAGAGAGACAGCAGUGUGGGAGGAGAAGACAGCCACACCUUUGUCACCCCCACUGCCAGAAGCAAAUGCAAGAGGAAAGAAGGGGACAGUGAGGAAGAAGAGGAUGAGGAUGAUGACAGUGAAGACCAAGGAGAAGAUGAUGAGGAGGAGGAAGAAGAUUCAGGGGGAAAGAAAGGGAAGAAAGCAGAGAUAUGUGAAGAGGAGGACGACAGUGUAGAUUCAGCCAGCGUGGAGGAGCUGGAGAAACAGAUUGAGAAAACAUAUAAGCAACAGAGUCAUAUCAGACAGAAGCUGUUUGACUCAUCUCACUCACUUCGGUCCAUGAUGUUUGGACAAGACCGCUACAAGAGGCGUUACUGGGUCCUCCCACAGUGCGGUAGCAUCUUUGUUGAAGGCAUGGAGAGCGGCGAAGGUUAUGAGGAGGUGGAGAAAGAGAUGGAAAGACAGGAGACUGCUCAGAUGACCAAGGUGAAGGAGGAGCAGCUGGAAGAGACAAAGAAGCCAAUGGUAUCCAGCCCAGCACAGAGCAUGUACAGUGAUGCAGCCUCACCAGAGAACCAGCAGGACAAAGACAGUCUCAAUCUCUUCCUCCAGAAACCUGGCUCCCUAUCUAAGCUCAGCAAACUCCUUGAAGUAGCCAAAAUGGCUCGAGAAUCAGACUCCAGUUCUCAUAACAGUCACUCUGUUAAGAUCCCUACCACUGCAUCUUAUCUCUCACAUCCCAUCUCUCAGACAGGAAUAUCCCCGCAACCUACAACCCCUCAGCAGGGACUCGCAGAUAAAACAGAUACUUCAGUGCCAUCUCUGCUCAGCGCCCCCCAGCUCAAAAGCAGUCCCUGGAUAACCUGCAGCCCUCAGUCUGUCCUUCAUGAGGACCACCUGUCCAAGAUAUUGACAGAAAAGAGCAACCAGUGGUUUAGCCUCUUGCCUCGCUCUCCUUGCGACGAGUCCUCUGUAACCUCUGGCUCCAGUCCUCAAGCCUCCUCCUGUUCUCCACAGACCAUGAGCACCAAAUCUCCCUCCUCCCUCUCCCCUAAUCCCCUUGCUACAGCCAGCUACAACGCUCCUGCUGGGAUCAAUAAUAUACAGUUGUCUGUCCUUCAGCAAGUGAAGUCUGGCAUUCAUCAAAGCAGACUGACACUGUGUGACGUGUCCAGUGCAGCGACAAGUCCCAGCCUGCCCUUCCCUGGCACUUCUCUACCACCCAUGCUGGAUCUGGCCUCCCAGCAUGCAGAGGGUAACGGGAACAGGGUCCUCUUCCCGGUGAAUAACAACACUGUCAACAAGAGUGAGACCCCAGAGGCCCUGAGUGACAAGCUCCCUUGUGCUUCAUUCCCUGCUGCGGACCCUAGACCUCAGCCUAUCCCCGAGGAGAUGCUCCAUGGUUGGUGGCGAGUGUCAGACAUGCAGGAACUGCACAGUCUGGUCAAGGCCCUCCAUAACCGAGGCAUCAGAGAGAAGGCUUUGCAGAAACAGUUACAAAAACAUAUGGAGUAUAUGACCCAGCUCUAUGCCAACAGCAAAGAUGCGAUCGAUGUGGCAGAGCUGGAGAAGGAGGAGGUGAGUCUGGAGACGGUGGAGAGUUGGUGUGUUGAAGAGCAGGCCAUGGAGGUGGACAUCAGCCUGCUGCAGCAGGUUGAGGAGCUGGAGGGAAAAGUCAUCUCUGCCGGCCUGCAGGCCAAGGGUUGGAUGCACCCAGAGCCCCAAUCAGAGAGAGAGGAUCUGGUCUAUCAUGAGCACAAGCUCCACUCUUCCCUGGCUCCGGAGAACAAGGGUCAAACAGAAAGCAGCCCAGAGGAACUUCCUGGCGCUGUGGUGCGACGGCCUAACAAUCCCCUUGACAUAGCUGUCAUUAGGCUGGCAGAGCUGGAGAGGAACAUCGAGCGAAGUGAGGAGGAGGUGGCCCCUGGGAUGAGGUUGUGGCGUAAAGCCCUCAGUGAAGUCCGCAGCUCGGCUCAGCUGUCACUCUGCAUUCGGCAGCUGCAAAAAUCCAUUGCUUGGGAACGGUCCAUCAUGAAAGUGCACUGUCAGCUCUGUCAGAAGGGGGAUAACGAAGAACUGCUCUUACUUUGUGACGGCUGUGACAAAGGCUGCCACACAUAUUGCCAUAAACCCAAGAUCACCACAGUACCUGAUGGUGACUGGUUUUGUCCCGCCUGUGUUGCAAAGGAAAGUGGUCAAUCCCCCCGGAGUAGGAAGCAACAGAGCCGAACAGCUGGAGGAGGGAAGAAAGGCAGUGAGGUAAAACGAAACAGCAAGCCACCUGUGGUAGGAGAGCUCAUCAAAGAGGAGGCUGCCAGCAGCCACAGCGUGCCAAAGAAGGGUACCAAGGAGUUCAAGAAGAGGAAAGGAGACGACAGCCCCCUUAGCUCCCAGGCCAAACAUGACAGCCCUGUAUGCUGUGCAAAAAAAGCCAAAACGGCCAGAGACAGCACAAAUGGGUUGGCAAUGUGCAGAGUGCUGCUGGCUGAGCUAGAGGCCCAUCAGGACGCCUGGCCCUUUCUCACACCGGUCAACCACAAAGCUGUACCUGGAUACAGAAAAGUCAUCAAGAAGCCCAUGGACUUCUCCACCAUCAGAGAAAAACUCACCAACAACCAGUACUUAAAUCUGGAGACUUUCAUCAUUGACGUGAACCUGGUUUUUGAUAACUGUGAAAAAUUCAAUGAAGACGAUUCAGAAAUCGGGCGAGCCGGCCACAACAUGAGGCGAUUCUUUGACAAACGAUGGACUGAACUGCUGAAAUAAAAAAAAAUCAAUGUGGACUUUCUGCGCUACUCUCUACAUAUCAGACUUCCUCUUUGGUGUUGAAGGCCUUUUCUUCACUUGCGACACUAAAUCAGUAUACAGUUAUAAUAACACUGAUGUGCAAUGUGAAAGGACAAACACUCCUGCAUUAGCAUUGGAUUAGUAUGUUCGAGUGCAAUAUUGUUUUCUUUUUCAAAACGCACUGACUCUUAGACUAAAUAUUGUAUUUGGGAAUCAAAGAUUUCCACUGUAGAUAGGUCAUUGACUUUU